AUUAUUCUAAUAAUUGGUCUUCCUAUUGCUCGUGAUUAAGUAUACAGACCCUGUCAAACAUUUAUAUGUACACGUAUCUCCAUGCCUCAUUAGUCCCAAUUGGAUCUAUCUACUAAUCAUUCUUCUAGUCUCGGAAGAGGGCCUCAGAAAAUGGCUAACCAAGACAAGCAACAACACAAGAGAGGGUUCAUGUACAUUUACAAAGGUGGCAUAGGAAACCAGAGAAAGAAAGAGUUAGAGCACGGUGUUGUGCAUCAAGACAAGAAAUCCAAUUCACGCAGUUGGUUGCACAAAAUAUCAAGAACUCGAACUUUCAAUGUAGUAAAUGGUGAUCACAAAGACUUAGACAUUGGAGAAAGAAGAGGAGAAGAAUUUGUUGAGGCAAGAAAGUCAACAUCUUUCUUAGAGUUAGUAUCACCAGGAGGAUUUGUUGAGGGAAGAAAAUCACUAUCUUGCAUAGAGGCAACAGCGUCACCAGCUGCAAGAGGAAUCACAGUUGAGGAGGGAAGAAAAUCAGUGUCCCACAUUGAAACAGGUUUAGCAGCAGGAAGAGUUGUUGAGGGUCGAAAGUCAGUGUCCCAAAUUGAAACAUUGUCUUCUGUGGCUGCAUAUCUUCAAGUUAAGGUUUUGGUCUCAGACAUGCCAAGUUUCAUGCAAGUGCAUGCUUUUCGUUGUGCAAGAAGGACAUAUGAUAGCUUGGAGAAGUUUAGCUCUAAACACAUAGCACAUAACAUAAAGAAGGAAUUUGAUAAAGCGUAUGGUCCGGUCUGGCAUUGCAUUGUAGGAUCAAGUUUCGGUUCAUUUGUGACGCAUUCAACGGGGCGUUUUCUUUAUUUUUCAAUGGAAAAUUUAUAUAUUCUACUGUUCAAGACGAAAGUUAAGAAAGCGUUGGAUUAAGGUACAUAUAAUAUAUAUAAGAUUUAGCUACGGCUUUUUAUGCUGGCAAAAUUUGUAUUCAUUUUUCAGAUGUCUUGUCUGUACAUGAAAAUUAAUGUGUAAUCAAGUUUCUUUCAU